AUGCCCCUCCGCCACCGGAAAAAACCUUCCGUAACUAACUCAUCCCUCCCUCCUCUGCCAACCACUUCCACCACAUUGUGGUUGGGCUCUAAGGAGUCAUUAUGUUUGAGCGCCACCUUCCCUCUGGCCGAGGUCGAGCCCCACCGGUCGUUUCCCCACCGCCGGCCCCGACCAUCCCCGUGGGGCCGCCAGCGGCGCCCCGUGCUCCCUGCGGCCACCUCGGGUCAGCCAGACCGCCAGGUGGGCUCGAUGCCAGCGCGCCGCCGCCACUCCCAGAUCGGCCCGCCCGUCAUCUCCUCAGCGUCCGGCACUCCUCCGCUUCGCCGCACGUCCCUCCAGACACCGCCGGCCGCCGCGCGGCCUCUCCCUGCGGUCGUCCAAACCGAGUGCGAGUCGAGUCGAGCUACUCUGCUCGGCGCCGCCGCCAUUCCCCCGCCGGCCGAUCGCCUUCCUCCACCUCCGGCACGUCCUGCACGCCCCGACCUCCUCCGGUGCCGCCGUGGCCGCUGCUGGCCUAAUGGAGCCGAGGUAACCCGCGCGGGCCUCGGGUUGUUCCAGCGGCCGCCAUCGCGCUUCCUGCCGCCGGCCACUUUGAGCGCAAGCUCCGCCUGGCCGCGCACGCUGUCCACCGCCGGCUAA